AUGGCGUCAGAAGGAGCGUCUCCGGUACUGACCCCAGAAAUGGCCAUGAACCUGGGGGUCUCUGGCUCUGCCUUCAGGGCCUUCUUGCCCUUCCUCAAUCCAGGGCUCUCCCCGCCACCACCCUGGGAGCCGAUCCAGAUGCCCCCUCUGGUGACCUCGGCCAUCGCUCCCGGCAACCCUCUGGUGCUGUCACCUUUCCCCAUGAUGUCCUGGGUAGCAGAAGCAGCUGGCCAUGGCCCCCGCGACCCUGGGCCUUGCAUGGUCAUCGUCCAGGUCCGUUCUGAAGUGAGGAUUCUGGACUCAGCCCAGAACAAGUUGGUCACCCAGACACAGGUUCCACUCAACGGCGGUUCCUCAGAGGCCCCAUCCGCGGGGGCGGGAAACCCUGCACCCCUCUGCUCGACACCCUCUGGGCCGAGGACUGUUGUGCCCACCCCAGCUACUGGCGUCACCCAGGCUGGCACGGGAGACCCCCUUCCUCACGCCCCACCACCAGGGGCCCAGAUGGCCCCCGUCGUCCUCCCACCCAGCGGAGGGCCACAGCCCCGGGGGUACUGUGGGGACAGAGGUCCAGGCCCUGCCUGGCGCCAGGCCCCUCCUGCCGACUCCUGCAGCCCCAGGAGCGUCUAUGAGAACUUCCAGCGCUGGAAGCUCUUUAAGGCCCUGACCCGGAGGUACCUUCCCAGGACUCCGGACACCAAAGCCCUGUCCUGCUUCCUCAUCCCGGUGCUGCACACGCUGGCCCGCCUGAAGCCCACCAUGAGUCUGGAGGAAGGCCUGCGCCGGGCACUGCGGGAGUGGCGGGGCAAGAGCAACUUUGACCGCAUGAUCUACUACGACAUGGCGGCCAAGUUCAUGGAGUUUGAGGCAGAGGAGGAGAUGGAGGCGCAGAAGCUGCAGUGCAUGAACGGGGUGCAGGGCCUGCCGCCCCCCACCCCGCCACGGCCUGAGCCUCAGGGGGCUCCCGGCCCACCGCUGGGCCAGCAGCCAGCCUACGUCCCUACUGAGGACAGCCUCUGUGCCCAGGAAGCUCACCCCAACCCACACAAACUACAGCCGCACCCCAAGACCAAAGCUUCAAUAGAGAUCCCCCCUGAGGCCGUGCAGGAGUACAUGGACAUCAUGGACGAGCUGCUCAAGGCCCCCGGCACAGGCUGGGGGGCGCCCCUCGGCCAGCGUGCAGCGGGCAGGAAGGAGCAGCAGGGGGAGACCGGGACCUGCCCUGAGCCGGGGCUCCUGAGCUACGUGGACGAGCUGUGCUCCCAGGAGGCCUUUGUCAGCAAGGUCGAGGCUGUCAUUCAUCCCGGCUUCCUGGCUCACCUGCUCUCCCCAGAGUCCCAGCUGGAUCUCCUGGCCCUGGCUGAGGAGCUGGAAGAGGAGGAAGGACUCACCCCCACACAGCUUGUGGAAAAGCGUCUGCAGGCCUCGCAGGACAAGGUGGCCAUGAAGGCUCGUCCCCAACACCAGCGGGACGGCCAGGGGCAGCGCCGCCAGUCCCGGGGGCCGGGCAGCUCGGGCCUGGGCAGCGGGAACCGGACAGCGGAGCGCGGGGAGCGGCAGUGCGGGAAGAGGCGGAGGGGAUGUGGGGGCCACAGGCCCCUGCCCGCAGCGGCCCCGGACCCCGGCCCGGACACCAGCCUCGUGCCCAGGGCGGUCCCGGGGUCCCGCCUCCCCGCCCCGUCGCGGGGGCCGCGGGGCGUGGCCGGGCCUGGCCGGUGCCCCAACCACGUGACGCGGUGGCCGGUCCCGCCCGAGGACGGGCCCAAGAGGAGACAGGAGGAGGUGGCCGGGCCAGCCCACUGCCGGCUGCGCCCCGCCCGCGCCCGUCUGCCCACCCGCCCCGGGCGCCCCCGUCCUGCUGGGCCGCCGGCUGCGGGGGCGGGACUUCCUGCUGGCCCCUCCGCGCCCGGGGCCAGAGCGGCCACAGCCCUGGCCCCGACCCCUGACCUCUGA